AUGCAAGAAGGGAUGAGAGUUCGCGACGGCUCGCUCCAGCUGCCCGACAUCAAGGCCCAGACCACAUCUGCCGAUACAUACCGGCACCCAUCACAUUUCAUGAAACGCUCCAAAACGUUUGCGUCCAACACACCGCCAGCCAACUACCAGUCGACCGUUACGAAAUCGUACGCGCCGCCAGUGCUCACUCGCUCGGGCACCAUUGUUGGAAAUCAGAGUUCUACUUCGACCAACUUGGGAAAUCCCUUCAGGAAGUAUACUCCUGAUGAUUGGCAUAGACGCAAUCAGGAUCAUUUCGCGACUUCGAAUGCCUUCCGCGCUUCUUCUGAGCGACUGCGCGCUGAUACUUACGCUCUCGUCCAGGAACGCGACCAGCUGACUGCAAAAAACCAGGCGCACUCGUCAAAGAACAUCGGCGAUAGAGCCAAUGAUAUCGACUUUUGGAAGUCGGAGCUUCGCCACGAAACUGAUCUACUCAUUUCUGAAACGAAUGCUCUUGCAGAAUGCACAGAAUGCUUGUACAAUCGGGACAAGCGCGAGGGAAUCGACUUGGUGCACGACGCCGUGGAGAUCCAACUCAACCAGGAAGUUGACGUUAUCCGAGCCUGUCAAGAGAAGAUGAAGCGACUUAUUGCCAGAGCUGAGCAACAACUCCAGUGCGCUCUAUCCAUCGAUAACCGCUGCCAUCAGCUGAAGAACACCUCCGCCGGCAUCAACUACUUCCGUGGAAUCGAAGAUAUCGACAGAACUGUCACAAUUCCGACGAGCUGGGCCAAGUUCUCUGAUGACAACAUUCGUCGAUCCCAGGCAGAGCGAGCUGCGUCCGCUAAGAUGAGGGAGGAAAUUGAAAACUGCCUCGCUGAGACUUCCAAUCAGAUGUGGACACAGUGGAACCGCGUCAAUGUUGCCUUCACCCAGCGAGUGGCGGAACAAGUCGACACCAAGAACAAACUUCAAUCUCAUCUUAACCGAACUCUUCAAGAAAUCCACGAUGUCGAAACCACCAUCCAGCGACUCCAUCGUGCAAUCGCUGAUAAAGAGCGACCAGUUAAGGUCGCUGAAACCAGACUUGACGAGCGCACGCGACGACCAAACUUGGAACUUUGCCGUGACCCUGCUCAGUUGAUGUUGGUCUCCGAAGUCAAACAACUCCAAGCCACCCUUGCCAACCUUCGCCAGCGAUUGGACGAAGAGCAGCAGCAACUGCAGAAGCUCGUGACUACCCGAAGCAAUCUGGAGCACGAAAUCCGAACCAAGGCCAACUCGAUCUUCAUCGAUCAAGACAAAUGCAUGUCGAUGCGAAAGACUUUUCCAACCACGCCAAGAUUGGCUGGCUAUUCUUACUGA